AACCAAUGCAUAUAAAAUUAAUAUGUCUCCUUAAUAAUUUCAAAUGUAAAAGUUUCCUUAUAAAUUGAGAUGAGUUGCUAUAUAUUAUAAGACACAGCAAAAAAGAGGCAUAGAAGUGGUAGAGAAAAAUGGAAGUUAUUGAAAAUCAGUGGAAUAAUGAAGCUGAGAAUGAGAAUGAGGUUGAAGAAAUUAACUUGCAAAGAAAGCGAAUUAUCCGGCACAAUAGCAGCAGCAACAGCAGUAGCAGCAAUAGUAGCAGUUCAGAUAAGGACAUAGAAGUCAAAGGUGGAGGGCUAGAUUUCAUUGAAUCUGAAACAAAGCCAAAAUUUGAAGUGGUGAUAGCAGAAAAAAAUGCUGAAAUGAUAAUCCAAAAAGAGGAUAUGGAGAAAGACACAAUUUUACCUGCUUCUGAUCCUCCUCUUCCUGAGGAUUCUACUUAUUUGACCAAUGUGACAAAUGAAAGUGGGAAAAUUAAUGUAAUAAAAGAAAAUGAUCAAGAAAAGCAAGAAUUGUAUUUGGAAAAUGUGUUUGAGAAACCACCAACACAUGGAUUCUAUUGUCCAAAUUGUAAUGUUUGUAUCCAAAAGGUGUACAUUCAAAAAGUCUACAUUCAAGUUCAGCCACCAAAUGAUAACAUAAGAUGCUCAUCAUGUUUCAGUUUCCUCAUUCCAAUAGGUAGUUGGUUAUUCCCUGGAUUGGUAUCUAAAGAGAAUGAUGGAGCAUUAACUGAUCAAGUAAUUGGUUCAUUAGUUAACCAAACAAACCCUGAAAUCAAUGAACAAACAUUCAAUGUUGCAACACAACAUGAGGAACCAAAACUUAGUCAAUCAGUAGCCACAGGUACCAUAAAACAAACCAUUAAAAUUGAAGAUGGCUCAGGAAACCAAACAGUGCAAAUCAUUGAAGAUGUGGUCAUUCUUGAAGCAGGACCUCAAAAAAGUCAAGCUGCAACAAAGAAGAAACAUUUUUGGAAUAAUUGGGGUGUUAUAGGUGGUGGUGAUUCUAAGGUAUCUAAUACCAAGAAACCUGAAACUGCUUCUAAAGAAAAGAGUGAUUGGAAUGUUAUAGCUCCUGUUACUCGGGAUACUCUGUCGAAACAACCCGAAACCGACUUUGAAGACAAGAAACAGCCAGACCUUGAGGAAAUUAAAGUUGAUGGAGCAUUUACAGGACCUAGUGAAGAAGUAAUUCCCACUAUAACUGAAAGAACACCACUUCUAACUCAUAGUGAGCCACAUGUACAAACAAGUAACAAGACAUUGGAGAUUGUGAAAAGUAUUGUGUAUGGUGGUUUGACUGAAUUACUAGCAAGCCUUAGUGUUGUUACAUCUGCAGCCAGUGCUGAUGCUACCACAUUGAACAUUGUUGCACUUGCUAUUGCAAACUUGAUUGGGGGACUUUUUGCACUUGGUCAUAAUCUUAAGGAACUAAAAUCUGAUCAACCUAAAAGAAGCAACACAAAUGAAGUGGUGGAUAAAUACAAUGAAUUACUAGGACAAAGGGAGAAUUUCAUUCUUCAUGCUUUCAUUGCAAUCUUAUCAUUCAUUAUUUUUGGACUAGUACCACCAAUAGUAUAUGGAUUCACAUUUCAAGAAAGUGAUGAAAAGGAUUUCAAGCUAGCAGCAGUUGCAGGAGCUUCACUACUAUGCAUCACAUUGCUUUCCAUUGCCAAAACAUAUAUUAAGAGACCAAACAGUUACUUAACAUAUUUCCAAACAGUGUUUUACUAUGUUAGCACUGGUGCUGUUGCCUCAGUGCUUUCUUAUGUAGCUGGUGACAUGGUGAAGAAACUCAUUCAAAGACUUGGAUUGUUUGAACCAACAUCUAAAUUUGGAUGGGGAUCAUAUUAGAUAUGGAUUGUUGAAUUUGUUUGAGACAUUGAUUCAGGUUUUUUUUGUUGUUGUUGUUCAUUUUUGUUUUGGAUUUCAUUUUUUGUUGAUUGAGGAAAUUGCUAUUUUUUGUGUUACCAUUUUGUGAGACUACAAAUUAAAUUGAAUGAUGAGUUUUUAGUCAUGUUUAUGCUACAACAUCAUCUUUUGACUUAUAAAUGUACGAUUUUCGUGUGUAA